AGCGCAAACAUCAUACGCUCCUCACGAGUCACGACCGCACCUCCCGCUCGAUCCAUUCUCUCUCCGUCCGCCCGCCCGCCCGCCCGUUCAACGCGCGGAUGGCGCCGUCGCGCCGCCACCCGCCGGCGGCGUGGACGACCGAGCCGUGGAGCGACGGGGAGACGUCCACGCUGCUCGACGCGUGGGGCGCGCGCCACCUCCGCGAGUGCGGCGGCGCGCUCCGCCCCGCUGACUGGCGGGCGUGCGCCGACGCCGUCACCUCCCGCCGCGCCGCGGCCGGGCGGGCCCCGCGCACCGUCGACCAGUGCAAGAACCGCCUGGAUUAUCUCAAGAAGCUGCUCAGGGCCGAGCGCUCCAGGGCUAAGGGAGCCCGGCCGACGACGCCGCCGUUCUCGGGGUGUCUCGACCGCCUCCGCACGCUGCUGCACCUCGCCCCCUCCGCUCCUCCCGGGUUCGGGCACCGUAUCGGCGCCACGAGGACGUGGACGAAGGUGGAGGAGGAGGAGGAGGAGGAGGAGGAGGAGGAGGAUGAGGAGGAGAAGGCGAGCGGCGGGGCUCCUCUGCCCCGCUACUGGCCGCCGGUGCCCAAGCGGCCGAGGACGGCGGUGUCGCUGUCGCCGUUGAGCGCCGCCUCCGGGGAGCACCCUGGAGGCGGCGGGAGGAGCUGCACGGAAGUGGCGGCAGCUCUGGAUAGGCUUGCCGGGACGUACGAGCGGGUGGAGGCGUCGAAGCAGAGGGAGGCGAUGCGUGAUCUCGAGAUCGAGCGUGUGCGGCUCCUCGUCGACGUCGAAGUCACCGCCUCCGCCGGUGUCGAUGGCGCCGCCGCUGCCACAACCGCAGCCGGCGACAUCUAGUUGAGGGACUUGGAUAACAGGCUGGCCAAGGUAGCCAAUUCCAGCCUAUAUAUAAUUUUUCUCAAAGAGACGAUCUCGUCAUGGAGAUACAAGUCACUUGAUGUGAUGUUCUUCUGAAAAGUUAAAUCGGUUUAGGUUACAGGAAAAGCUUAGCCAGAUUUAGGAUACCACAUGUUGAGAUUUUGUAGCCUGAAAAGUAUCUCUGUUAAUGUUAGCUAUUCAGGCUUCACUUCGGUAACUAGCGCUGUGAUCCCUCUUGAUGUACAGCCUAUUCGGCUGCUCAGUUUCUAGACGUUCUGAUCAUCCGGUUCAUAUGAUAUCUUGGAUGCUUUCUCUGAUGCUAUAGUUCUUAUGA